UUGAAAGUCAAGCCAAAAAAAUUGCCCCAACCCAAGAGUAUUGAAGGAUAAAACCAACAUUGACGAUAAAAAGUAAUUCUUAUAAAACUAACACUGCCAUCGAAAUACACCAACCUGCUAAAAUAAUCAAAGCACUAAAAAAACACAUGCACCAAUCUUCCCUUCCUGAGCUACAAUUAAUCAUAAUCACCCACGGAUUCAAUAGCAAUGCGGAAAAAAGUUGGGUAAAGGAGAUUCAAAAUAGGAUUUUGCACCACCAUCGAAACUACAUUGUGGCCCGGCUGGAUUGGAAUAAUGGAUGCAACUACUGGACACUGAAGUACGGCCUAUCCGCUGCGAACUGUCUGGAGGUUGGGAGGCUGCUUGGAGAAAUGAUUGUGAGCAUUCGGGAGGCCUUCACACAACAAAAUAUUUCCUCCUAUUUUUGGGGCAUCGGUCACAGCCUGGGUUCCCAUUUGAUGGGUGCGGCAGGGCGAUACUGUCGUUCCUCCCACGAACCUCCCAUUCUCAUGGACCGAAUCACCGGACUUGACCCGGCAGGGGUUGGAUUUGACGAACAUUUCCCGGAAAAGAUGCUCUGUCCAGGGGACGCCGUCUUUGUGGACGUUAUUCACACGGAUGGACGUGGCCGUAAAGAGGAAACACCGCCACAAAUUGUCAACGCAACCAAGGCAGAAAUUGAUGAUAGUGGAAUUGUCCAGAAUUUUACAGACAUCUCCGCCUACGGAACAAGGAUGACUUGUGGUCAUGCCGAUUUUUAUCCUAAUCUCGGAUGUUGUCAACCCGGAUCCGAAACGCACACCACGGAGAACUGGACGACCGGAACAGCCAGUCAUAGCCGGGCGCAUGCUCUUUUCUCACAAAGUAUUGGCAACAAAGGAAGAUUUGUAACGAAUCGACAAUUCGAAAAACCACCAGAAAUUAACAAGCCACUCCCAACAAUUCAUCAGAUUCCGGCUACAGUGGAGAUGGGAUUUUAUUGUGAUUCUCCCACCCGGGGUUGUUUCGCCCUCGAUACGACGGAAGGUGGGACAUUUAUGAGUGAUGAACUACUUAAAAUGAAUUCCGGUGGGGAUGGCAUUACCCCAGAUGACAUCAGUGACGUCUUAAAGAAAAUGGUUAAGGGUGAUUACAUUCAAAGGAAGGAAAAUGCACGGUUCGCCUUGAUCAUCAACAUUAUUGAUUACGAUCAUAGCCACAGUCGUGGAAAACGCCAUGGAGGGGAAAAUGACACCGAAAAUUUGAGACAACUGCUGAUUAACCUAAAGCAUAAUUUUGCAGUGACUGCAACAAAUCGGAAGAAAUGCACAAAAAGGGAUGUGUUGGUAAAAUUGGACAAAUUUCUCUCCGACAUAGGGAGUGAGGAAAGGAGAAUCGACGCGAUUAUUGUAGCGGUGAUGGGCCAUGGUUUAGAAAAUGAUAGAAUCAUCACAAGUGACGGGGAAGACAUUCAUAUUUUCAAGGAAAUCCUGGAACGGUUUGGAAACCGCAAAUGUCCCAAGUUGGAGGGUGUUCCGCAAAUUUUUCUUAUACAAAAAUGCCGGUAUGUGCAAAGAAACGCUUACCAUAAAAUGUCACUGUUCAAAAUUUCGCAUCAACCUUUUAGUGGGGAUCACUUGGAUAUUUCACUAGAAAAAGCGACAAACGGGGCAGCUGCACAAAAAGAUAAAUCUAUCCAGAAGGAGUCGGAGGAGGAAUUAAUCAAGCCCUUCUCGCCCGUGGAAAAUUUCCCAAGUGGAACUAGCCGCACUCUUCCGGAAAUGUCGGAUAGUCUAAUCGUUUUUUCUUCAUAUCGCGGCUCUGCGUCCGUCCGAUACGGGAGAAAGUCUUGGUUCAUUCAAUUAUUUAUUCAAAGCGCCAAAGCAGCAGUAGAAAAAGGAAGGACGGAAAUCUCAUCCCUUCUGAAUGGGAUUGUGGAGCACGCCAAGGGGAAGGAUCACAUAGUUGAAGAUUGCAGUGUGGGGCACAAUCAUGUUUAUAUUAAACAACUUCCGGUCAUUGAAAAUGUUGGAUUUACCAAAAACUUUUACUUCGAAAAGAAGAUGUAAACCCCAAAAUUCUAUCCGCGAAAUAAAUUUGAACGACGAUCUGUAUUAUGCUGAAAUAGUUUUACGGUGGAUUUGUAUUGGUAUUUCGUAAGAAAUAAUGAAAAGAUAUGAAAAAUAUUAAAUUUUCUCAAGGAAAAAGUUGCAAAAUUAAAGAUCCAGCUUAUGUUUGACAACAUAUUUUGUAUUUUGUACAUAAUGCGUGUAAUCAAGUAAUUCAUGUACUACAAACUGAUAUUAAUAAGAUUAGAUUGAUCGGGAAUUAAAUUAAUUUAAAUUAAAUGCAUAAUAUUUAAAUUGAAAAAUCUUUGGGUAACUGGAUAAUUUUCAUCAUGAUAGUUUCCACUUUUUCCACAACAUAUUCAAUGGGCAUUAAGAUCUGGCAUUGCAAACUUGCGACGUUGUGCUCCUUAGGAAGAGAGAAGUACCUGCAUUACAAAUAAUACCUUUACAUAAUAAUUGGCUGGCUUUAAUAUAUAAAAUAAAUUGUAAGUAUGUAGACACACAUAAUUGUACAGCCACGUGCUUAAUGUACAUAUUUAUUCUAUAAGGACUGCUAUUAGCAAUAAUUAGAGAUUCUUGAGUUCAUUUAUGUUCAUUUAUUUAUUCAUUUAAUCAAACCAAUUAUUUGUCCUGUGAUUAUAAUCGAUCUAAUAAAUACACAUUGAUAGUGUUAAAAUAUGUAAUAUGUAUGCAAUUCUAAACUGUGUCAGGUUAUUGUAUGAAGGGUGAGGAACCUCUUGUGUAAUCACUACUUGAAAAUGUGAUGAUACGAUUCCGUUCUCAAUCUAGGUUGAUAACUCCGUAGAUUAUUAUGAUAGAUUUAGUGGGCGUUUAAUUGUUAUAAAUAUGACUAAUUAUGGAUUAAUAAAGACAGUUCGUUUGUAAC